AUGAACCAAGUGAAGCGUACCAACCGGAGCAGGGCAGCCUCUACUCAGGCCGGGAAACAGAAGGCAGUAUCCGAGGAGCCUCCUGAAGGGGAGUCCUCUGAUGAUGACGAUGUGAGCCUUGUUGAGGUAAUUGCUGCUCAUACUUGCAAACGCGGUCGCGCCCAAAUUGCUGAAGAGGACUUUGAGGAUGACGAGCCUCUGUCAAUGCGGCUGGUCCGUCAAAGGACCACUAAUCCCUCUCGCCUGAGCGAGGCUGGACCCUCAGCCACUGCAGAAAAGCCAACUCUCUCGCUAGUUCAAGCAUCAACUAACCCCGUGGCGCCUCUUCCGUCUCCCACAUCUACAGAGCAUCUGCAAGGUCCUACCAUUCUAAUAACGAUCUCCGAUGACGACUCCUCGGAGCAUGAAAGUGUGGAAAGCCACUCUGAGGAUUCUGCCGCUUAUGAGGAACUGAUGACGACAGAGAUUCUCGCGGCACUAAAGGUCCAAGAGGUGAAUGAAGUGAGGCCUCUUCCUCUUGGUGACCACGUACCAGAUAUUGACCCGACAACUCGAGAGGUAAGCCACUGUUGGCCAAUGCUUUCCAUUUCCCUUUUGAUCCAACCCCACUCUCUGACAUUUCUGAAUCUAACCAGGAUUCUGUUUGUACCGAGGAGGUGGCUACAAACGUUGAGGGUCCUAUCAGUCGGACAGUCACCCAAGAGAUGGAAAAUGAUACUGACGGUGGUGGUGCCCCCCAAGUCUCGCGAAUAAAUGAGACAACCGUCGAAGCCGAGGGCCCUGUGCUUGAAUCUGCUCCACUUGCCCAUGGUGAGCCGCGAGUUGAGUUUCCAGAUUCUCCUGCGGCUGAAGGGACAGACCAACCUAUUGAAGAUGAAGAAACUGAGGAAGUCGUCCACCCUUUUGCAUUGGUGGUUCGUGAUCCUGUGGCGCCUCCGCCGCCUCCUACCAGAUUCGAGAGAUUGAUGAGGGUGUUAGAGGUAACUCCUCCUUCUGCUGUGGAUGAGGCUAAGAUGGUGCUUCACGAACAUCUGGGUCCUCAGGUAUUGGAGACUGACAUCCUCUCGCGAGUCUUGGAAGCCCUAAGGUAUCUUUGCCAGGAGAAGGCAUUGACCCUGCAGCAAUUUAGUGCCAUUGACGAUCUGCUGAAUGAACUUGGUGAGGCCCGCCAACGUCAACCGGCCGCGAACGCCCAGGCUCACGACACUCGAGAGGCUUUGAAUAGCCUCUCUCGAGAAAUGGACAUCUCUCGCGGUAUUUUAAAUGAGCGAACCAACCGCCUGCGGGAACUACAAAUCCAAAGGUCCGACUUCAAACUUCGGAUCGAGGACCUCCAUACCGGUUUAGCCUUUGUUGAAAACGCGAUUGCUACAGAAGAAGCCCAACUCGA